UAGGCUACAGUCCAUGGGGUCACAAAGAAUCAGACAUAACUGAGCGAUUUCACUUUCACUUUUUCUACUUCAACCCAAACUCUGCCUCUGAGAUUCGAUUUGGAACCAGUGUACAGAGAAGCUGAGCUUUCAGCAUCAGUGGAGACACUCUGGCCGGGAAAUCUGCUGAGGUCCCCGGCAGUGCAUGCCAAGCCCUGCUGCCUGUGUGUGUGCAAUUGAACUAUUUUACACUGGCGCACACGUGGAAGAUCUCACAGUAACUAUUUAUUCUGAUAGUGAAAGUGAAAGUCACUCAGUCACAUCCGACCCUCUGUGACCCCAUGGACUAUACAGUCCAUGGCAUCCUCCAGGGCAGGAUACUGGAGUGGGUAGCCUUUCCCUUCUCCAGGGGAUGUUUCUGAUAACGAAGUUGGGGUUAAAAAAAAAUGCAGCAGAUGAUAACCUUUGGGUGGAGAGAGUUCAGACAGCAAGGAUCUCUGUCUCAUCUCCUUUUAAGCCCCACCCCCUCCUCUGGUCCUCCACUCAUUCAUUCACUCUUUCAACAAAUAGCUGAGCUCCGGCUGUGGGCCCUGCAUGCUUGAGACCAACAGAGGCCUCUGGCCCCGGGGGACAGCUCUGUGUAGGCACCCUGACAUCCAGUGGUCACCUGAGCAAACUGCAGUGCCCUGGCUGUGGUAAAGGUUGCGGGGACAGGCCUCACAGCCCACUCUUGCUGCUUUCUGCCUUUGGAGAGGCCACCAGGAGAGUUUUGAGCUUCCCUGGCUCUGAUGAGGGAUAGGAUAGUCCCCCAGUGCCCAGGAUACGGGCGCUUCUCCUCAGCAACGGGGUGCCCUUCCCACCCCACCCCGUGUGCUUGUGUCCUGUCAUCUGGCCCUGCUGCUUUCAGCAUCUUCCCAGGUCAUCCUGUGCAGACAGGGCACACAGAGCUGACACCCUUGUUUUUCUGGCUUUUGCCGGCUGCUGGCACCCGGUCCACUCGGCCUGGUCUUAGCCAGCAGGGACAGGAGUGGGGCUGGGGGGCGGGGCCAGAGGAGGGAUCCAAUGAAAGGCAUGUGGGUGCCUCCUGGGGGGCAAAUCGUGGCACAUCAAAGGCUGUGCUCUUGGAGGAGCUGUAGUCCACGGGCAGGUUCCUGCCUGCCUGGCCUUUAUCUCCUGGGAGGGAGGACAAGUCAGGGGCCCUGGCAGUUGGCAGGGGCUGAAGGCUGCUGGGACACAGGCUGUGGCAGGCAGGGCCUCCCCUUAAGUUGCUGGGUAAACAGUGUGGAGAGUUGGCCGUUCGCCUGGCCCCCAGAGGCCCCCACUUCCCUGCCCUGCCCCUCCCCCCCCACCCCGCCCCCGCCCCAACUGCAGUUCCAGCUACCUACCUUCCUGGACAGAUUUCCCAUCUCAGCUCCUUCGGAAGGAGUUUCAUGAAAGGGCCAGUGGCUGGGCCAGGACAGCAUACAGAGGACCCCCAGCCGGAGGACUGGACUGGGGCCAGCCGAGGCCUCCAGCAACCAUGCCUGAUUCAUGUUCUUCCCAGAUGGACUCUGGGGUCUCAGAGCCUGGGGAGCAGGACCUGACAGAGGCAGGGGCAGAGCAGGAACUGCGGUGGUUGGAUCUGGGCUCUGAGGAGGCUCUGGGAGCUGGGACACAGGGGCCCAGCACCCCACAGGCCUGGGGGCACCUACUGCAGGCUGUGUGGAAGGGUCACACGGGCCUGGUGACUCAGCUGCUGCGGCAAGGGGCCAGUGUGGAGGAGAGGGACGGCGCGGGCCGAACUCCGCUCCACCUGGCGGUAUUGCGCGGCCACGUGUCGUUGGUGCGUCUCCUGCUGCAGCGCGGGGCCCAGGUCGGAGCCGCAGACCGCGCGGGGCGCACACCGCUGCACGAAGCCGCCUGGCACGGGCCGUCGCGGGUGGCAGAGCUGCUGCUGCGGCGCGGGGCGCCGGCGAAUGCACGCUGCCUGGCCGGCCUCACACCGCUGCACUGGGCCGCCGCGCUGGGCCGCACGCUGAUGGUUGGGCACCUGCUGGCGGCGCCGCACCCGGGCCCAACAGCGGCAGACGCGCGCGGCUGGACGGCGGCGCACUGGGCGGCCGCGGGAGGCCACAUGGCGGUGCUCGAGCUGCUGGGGGCGAACGGCGGCGCGCGCCUAGACAGCGUCCUGCUCGUGGCGGCCGCGGCUGGGCGCGCAACUGCGCUUCGUCUCCUUCUGGCGCAAGGGGCGCCGGUGGACGCCCGGGACGGUGUGGGGGCCACUGUGCUGGGCGUCGCGGCCGGUUUGGGCCGCCGGCAGGACAUGGAGGUGCUGCUUGAGCACGGGGCAGACCCAAGCCUCACAGACAGGCAUGGCCGCUCUGCACUCCACAGGGCUGCUGCUGGUGGACAUCUGCUUGCCGUCCAGCUGCUGGCCGCCUGGGGAGCAGAGGUGGAUUCUCAGGACCUGUUGGGCCUCACCCCCCUGCACCACGCUGCCCGGGGAGGCCACAUAGAGGUCACUGGCCACCUCCUGGACAGGGGUGCAGAGGUCAAUGCCACUGGCUGGCUCCACAAGACCCCCCUGCAUCUCGCCAUGGAGCAUGGCCAUGGCCCCACUGCAGAGCUUUUGCUGAGCCGAGGUGCCAGCCCCACCCUGCGGACACGGUGGGGGGAUAUGGCCCAGGACCUGUGGCCUGCCCUCUGUGGAGAGCAAGAGGAGUCCUAGGGGCACAGGGCCCUGGGGUGGCAGGGCCAAAGCAGGACAAAAGGCUCCGGGCUUCCAUGGCCUUCAGGGUGCGCUCAGGCUUCUCUCCGCUGGUGCAGGGGAGAAGAGCCCAGAGGUUCCUCGAGGAGACAGAGGCAGUGGCUGGAGCCUGAGCAACAAAUGUGUCACUGGACCCGGAGCAGCUCCACUGACUCCCAGAGCCACUCACCCCUGCAGCUCAGGCCUUCUUCACUCUCUGCAGUGGAGAGACUGAGUCAUGACAGAACUGACAGAAACCCGAUGGUCUCCACUUUGUCUGUCCACCGUGGGUGUGUCACCCCUGGUGUGCCCUCUGUGCACGCUGACGCUCUUACUGUGCUUUCUUAGAUUCAGUGUUUGUCUGUUGGCGCCCACUCACAAAUGAUGGGGCCAAACAAACAGCCAGCUGUUCUCCUCUCCCCUGCCACCUGACCCACCCCCUGAACUGCCUUCUCUCAUGUGCCCAGCUGACGUCCUCCUGCCCAGAAUCACCCAGGGCCACACAUGCUUCUGUGCACCAAGGCCCAGUGGAUUAUCACACAAACCAAUCCCAAACUGUUUCCCUGUCCUGCCCUGCCAUUCCUGCCGGAACCCCAAUAAAGGCCUGAGCGUUCCCAGGGCCCCUGCUUCUGCCUCCCGGUCGACACCAGUGCUCCUGCCCAUGUCCCUCUGCAGCGUGGUGUGCCCCCCACCUUUGGUGACAUAAGGCAUAAGAAUCUGUUUUCAAUGGCUUUAGCCUCUCCCUGUCACUCAGUCAUCUCUUCAAUACAACAGAUAUAGAGAAACAGCUGUCUCUGAUUGCCCACCGCUGUAUCCUCAGAGAAAACCAGUGCCCUUAUUCUAUUUUUCUAGAAGAAAAGCUCUAGAGGACAGAUUUUGUCUUUCAAAAGUGAGAGUUGUGUCAAAGUAGCGUCUCUGUGCGGCAGCCCUGGGAACACUUGGAUUUUACUCACAAGAUAAUGUAAACCUUUGGAGAGUUGGUGUACCUGUGACGUGGUCUCUUUGGUUCCAGGCCUGCAAGUGCUGAGUGGACCAUAUCUAGGAAGGGGGAACCCUGGAGACCAGUGAAAUGGUGGCAGCACAACAGUGGAGGUGGGAGAAGCAGGCAGAAUUUGGGUGAUUCUGUUGGCACAGCCCUCUGGACUUGCUGAUGGUUGAACAUGGCUGGCCAGGGAAAGGGAGACAUAAAAUUGACUCCUAGAGAGGCUGAGCUAGGUGGAGGGGUGGGUGGGAGAGCAGAUACACAAGAGAUGAGAUUCGGGGAAAGGUGGGGCUCAAGUGACGUCUGGAGCCAUCAAAAUAAGGAUGGUUGUGCUUUGUUGGCUGCACAGCGUGGCAUGUAAGAUCUAUAGCAUCUUAGUUCCCUGACCAGGGAUGGAACCCCUGCCCCCUGCAGUGGAAGCAUGGAGUCUUAACCACUGGACCGCCAGAGAAGUCCCAGGUUGGUUUUUAAAGCUGCAGGAUGAAAAAAAAAAGGUUCAGGAUGGAUCUACAACCAAUCUCCAGCACAGCCUGUGGUCUCAACCUCAGAGCACACCCCCAGCCUGACUAACUCUCACCUCUCCCACUGCAUCCACCACGUCCAGGCCAGCAACAGUCAGCUUUUCCUGCCCCAAGCCUAACCAAUCUCCCGGGGGCUCUUCUCAGAACAAUAGCCAUAAUCCUACGGCAUGAUCCCCCAGGGGCUCCCUCUCAUGGAGUGUAGACCAAACAUAGUGUAUGGUGUUUGUUGAUACCCCAGUGAUCUUGGCUGUCAAAUGCACUCCUUCCAGUGGGAUCCCCUUGUUCCUCCCAUUCAGAGCUGGAGUCUGGGUCUCCUCCUUUUGAGCAGACUUUUGUGACUAGUCCAGUGCCCUAGCACUGCCAAAGCCAUGCUGUGUGACCUUCCAGGGUGGGCUGAGAAGGUGACCAGGCUGCGUUGUCCUGUCCUGUGGCCACCAUACUAUGAGGAAGCCCGUGGUACCCAGGACAUCAAGAGUCCUUCCUCGACCUCCAGGGGCCAUAUAUCCUCACCAGCCUCGGUUUCUGGCCUCUGGCUGCUGACUUGCUCACUGGCCCUGGACCUGCACUGGCUCUGCUCCCACCACUCUGGCCUUUUGCUGACCUUGCCCAUACUGGGUCUGGCACGUGCUGACCCUCUGCCUGGCUGAGUCAACACUUCCCUUGUCGCUGGACCACCACCUUCUGGAUGCAUCCUUUCAACACCAUCUAGAGCCCCAAGGGAAGGCUCUUCUUUAAAGAGAAUGUCAAUAAAUAUGGAAAGAGUUAUAAAGUCAAUGAUAGACACCCAAGUGAGUGAGUACAAGUAGUCUUAGAGCCUGCUGGCCACAAAGAGGCUGCUCAGACAUCCAUUCAAGAACCCACCCCCCCCCACCCCCAUCUUGUGGAGCUUCAAGUCCAUGGCAGCAUUUCAGCUGAAGGCAUACUUCUCCUAGUGGCCCCAAUACUGGCUGAGCACAGCACAGGUGCCGGGGUCUGGUCAUCUCUGCCCAACACAAGGCUUCCCUUCUAGGCAGUCUUUGCUCCAGAACUGUUGUGCUGGCCAAGAUGUUGACCAGUCUGCAUUCUCCCUCUCUCACAUGCACGACACAGUACACCUCUGUGCUCCUACCUGGCCUCUGCAACAUGCUUACAGGAAGGCCUGGGAUGACUCAUGAAGUAUUUCUCUAUAAACUACGUAUUAGUUCAAACAUAAACCUGGCAACCAUAACCAAGUGGUCAAAGCUGACAUUACCUGUGUUGGGACAGGCUGCCAUCAUGGCCCCCUGACACCCCAUACCAAGGACACAAUAUAAUUUCUCCAGUAUUCUGCCGAAAAUGUGUAACCUGAUUCUAAUCACAAGGAAGCAUCACACAAACUCGGGUUGAAAGGCACUCUGCAAAAUAACUAGCCUGUACUCUUCAAGAAUGCCAAGGUCAAAAAAAACAAAGAAAGGCUGAGGAACUAUUCCAGAUUAAGACCGAAAAUGCAGAGUGUGAUCCUGGACAGAGAUAAAAGCGGUAAGAACUUUGGACAGAACUGAGUGUGGACUAGACAGCAUUACUGCUUUACUGGUAAAUUUCCUGAUUUCGAUCAUUGUGCUGUGAUUUGUAUGAGAAUGUCUUUGUUCUUAGGAAACAUACUGUGACGUAUUUAGCUGUCUCCAACUUCUCUUGAAUGGACCAGAAGAAAUCCCCACUAAUGUUUUUAUAAACAACUAUAGAGAUAAUGAUUAAAAAAUGGAGCAAAUUAAACAAUUGGUGCAUUUGGGUAAUGCAUAUUGGGGAGUUUUGGGGACUAGUCUUCCAACUUUUGUGUAAGUUAGAACCAGACAUGGAACAAUGGACUGGUUCCAAAUUGGGAAAGGAGUACAUGAAGCUGUAUAGUGUCACCCUGCUUAUUUAACUUAGAUGCAGAG